AUGAAUUCGCAAGCUAAACCUCAUGCCUUUAUCAGGUCCCUUGCGCAACAGGUCGCAGACCUUGAGCCCGACUUCCCUUCCCCUGAAGACUUUCAGGAACUUGGAAUCCAGACAUUUGAGGUGUCCUUGAACCCGGAUAAAACUGAACUCAAGUUUGACCCGUGCUUCUUUCAACCACACCCGGAGAACGUCGUCGAAAAAUAUCCUCUCCAUCCUGAAGUGGACCAGGAAUAUCGUCAUAAUCAUCUGAUGAUACCUCAUAUCCGCACCAUACAGGAUUUCAUCAACGCUGACCCGAAGAGAUAUCCCCCUGAACUCGCUCCAAUACCUAAGAAUCUCACAAUUUGGGAUCGCAGUUUGUAUGAGAUGGAGAAUGAUGCGUACGGCCAAGCGGAAGACAUAGCGCAUGUCAUCGAUGGUCACCUGUCUGCUCUAAGGCAAGGACCAUCCGAUUACUACACGCUCCAACACCUUCGGAACCAAGGACCAUGGAGCCCAAGACACAGAGCAGGCGACCCCCCUACCAUGGAGGUGUUUGGAGCAAGCAGAAAAGCAUGGCGAGUGGAACAUCAUCACCGAUAUGUCGAUCGUCCUCUUAAGCCACAUUCGAUCAUGUCAUGUGUUGCUCAGAUUCGUCCCACUGAUACCAAUCGGGGACUCACUACACACGAGCUGAGAGCCAUUGUGAACACCCUGCUCCUUCGAGUGAAUCAUCAACCAUUCCGCAGAUGUCGUGUUCAUCCAAUUCUGGUUCUCUCUUGCUUGGGCGAUCAUCAGGGGAGAAUCAUUCAGGCUUCGUAUGAUGGAAAGGGGCUAGUCUUGCAAUACUCACAGCUAUGGAACUUUGAGGACCCAGAAAACGCACCAGUGGAAUUGUUCGUUCGGUAUCGGUUGAGUGAGCCAAUUGGUGGUACCUACAAACUGUCUCUCAGACAACAAUAUGUUUUGCAACCCCGUUGA